AAAUCCCAGUCUUUAAAUAAGUCCACGUAAUAUUGAUUACAUGAUGUCAUCGUCUGACAAUCACUGCUUUCGUACCUCUACACAGAGAUAUAACGCCACGAAAGAAACUAAAGAAAACAAUGGGAAGUUCGAACUCAAGACGAAGAGAAACACCAGUACAGCAAACACAGAUUUCCAGAUCUCACUUAUAUUAUACAUGUAACAUAAUCGAUGACCAUUCCAUCAAUUAUGCUCUACGGGAGAAUGCCCAUCGUUUAACCUGGGAAGAAACAGCCAUGGGACGUGAGGCUCAAAGUCUGGCCACUCAGGAGCUGAACAGAACCAUGAGGAACUGUGAACUUGUGAUGUAUCUUGCCAAUACUACUAUAACACUUGAAGCCGGCGAUUGUGAUAAUAAAAUUGUAAUGCAGAAAAGAUACGACGGUGAAAUAGAAUGGAAAUUCACGAGAAGAUCUUUCACACAGACUCUGUAUAGUGGUGUGAGAUCGUUAGGAAGUCGCUUGCUCGGCUUCUUCGGGCAGCUUCCAGGCAUUGCAGCAGCUGCCGCUGUGAAAAGUAUCAUGCCUUUUUGAUAAUGUCUUGUGUCCCUGAAAAAUAGGCAUAUAUGUAUUAUAAUAAAUUAUCGUGUGACCUCGCUUACAGGACCAUACCGUAAAUUGGGAUAUUUUACGUCUAAUUGUCAGCCUUUUUAAAAAUAUAUAUACUUAUGUUUCUGAUAUGAUUCUUGUUUUAUUUUAUUUUGUAGAAACUAAAAAAUAAACAAUGUUUUAAAA